CUUUCACCCCCUUCCAGUCCGGACGCUUUCACUUUCCCCUUCCAGUCCGGACGCUUUCCCCCCCUUCCCAGUCCGGACACUUUCCCCCCCUUCCAGUCCGGACGCUUUUCUCCCCUUCCUUCCAGUCCGGUCCGGACGCUUUCCCCCCCUUCCAGUCCGGACGCUUUCACCCCCUUCCAGUCCGGACGCUUUCCCCCCCUUCCAUCCGGACACUUUCCCCCCUUCCAGUCCGGACACUUCCCCCCAUUCCAGUCCAGACGCUUUCACCCCCCUUCCAGUCCGGACGCUUUUCACCCCCCUUCCAGUCCGGACGCUUUCACCCCCCCUUCCAGUCCGGACGCUUUCACCCCCCUUCCAGUCCGGACACUCCCCCCCCCCCCC